CUCUGCUUCUUCCUCCUCCUCCUCCUCCUUUUCCUCUUGCUGCAGCCCGCGAGAUGGAGAUUUGUGGCUCUCGAUCCCCAUUCGACUGUCUUCUAUUAGAUCUUGAUGACACCUUGUACUCCCCCACAAUCGGCAUCGGACAAGCCUGCAAAAGGAACAUCGAAGAGUUUCUUGCCGGCAAAUGCGGUGUGUCAGCGGAGCGAGCUUGCACCCUCCGCGUCGAGCACUUCCGAAACCACGGCAGCUCGCUCGCAGGCCUCCUCGAUCUCGGUCACGACGUGCACCCCGACGAGUACCACAGCUUCGUUCAUGGAAGGUUGCCGUACGAGCUGAUCCAACCUGAGGCGGAGCUGCGGGAGCUUCUCGGCAGCAUCACCCAGCCCAAGAUCCUGUUCACGAACUCGGAUAGGCAGCACGCGAAGCGGGCGCUGCAGAGGUUAGGCAUCGAGGAAGAGUGCUUCCACCGCAUCAUCUGCUUCGAGACGAUGAACCCCCACCUCUUUGGGGACGAGAGAGAAGUUUCGAAGACUCCGGAGGUGGUCCUUAAGCCCUCUGCUAAGGCAAUGGAGACGGCCGUGCGGCUCGCUGGCUUUCCUCCCCACCGCACGCUGUUCGUAGAUGACAGCGAGAGGAACAUUGCAGCAGGCAAAGCAAUUGGCCUUCGAACCGCUUUGGUUGGAAAGCGUGAGAAGACGAAGGAAGCGGACUACUUGUUGGAUAACAUCUGUGCGUUGAGGCAACUCAUACCGGAGAUUUGGGGAGAGCAGGAAAAGGUGGAGGCAGGUGGAGAGCACGGGGUGACGACGACAACAACAACGAGGCCUGAAUUGGAUUCCAUUAGAGCAACCACCAUAAUUGGGGCAUAGUCACGGCGCUGCUGCUGCUGCAGCUGCUGCGUCGCCAUCACUCGUCGUCAGCUGUACUCCUGCAAAUAAUGCUCCAAUUAGUAAUCUAAUCUUCCUCGUGCGUUGCUGACUGGAUGUACAUGUCUUAUGCCUCCAAGCCUUGCGUCGGCUGUGUACAUGUAUAGAUAUAAUACAUCCAACUGUUGCAUUCCACACAUCGAUUCUGGCUGUCAUUAUCUCCACUCGUAAAAUGUCUACAGAUCGAUGGACAUCAGUGACGGAAUUGUUUGAA